CAAUACUCUGCCUCUUCUUCACCUCUUCCCUUCCCGAACUCAAUUCAUCACUCAAAGAUGCCUCCAGCCCCAGGAAGGAGAAAGGGUCUCACCCCCAUUCAGAAAUGGGAGCUAUGUUUGCUGAGAGCUCAAAAUCCUACCAUGAAGCUUGGCGAGUUCGCGGAGCUUCCCGCCUGUCCUCGGAGACCAGACGGGAGGCCUUUGCCUAUUUCCAGUAUCUCGGAUCACCUGAAGGGAUGGGAGGAAAGGGUGAAGCAUGGACCACCCGAAGGGACCGAUGCGAACAAGGUUAAGGGCCGGUCUGCCAUGUUUCCUCUGUUUGAAUACUUUCUCGUCAGUUGGAUCGAUGCAGCCGCUGCCGAACACGUUUACAUCAACGACGAUGCCAUCCGCGAGCAGGGGAAAAUAAUUCAGAAACGCCUUACCGAGCUGCCCGGAUGCAAGGAAAAUUACGAGAGCUUUGACAUGAGCUCCGGUUGGCUGCAAGGAUUCAAACAGAGGCACAAUGUUGUUCUCAAGAAAAAGAACAAAGACCUCGUCGAUCCAGCCGAGAUUCCUGGUCACCAGAUGGGCAUGACCAUGCAGUUGGAGAAGUUUGCUCCAAGGGACCGCUUCAAUUGUAGCGACCUCAGGCUCGAGCUCACCAGACUCCCGGAAACAGUUCCCGAUAGAAGGAGAGUCACCGUUUUCCUCUGUGUGAAUGCUGAUGGAUCAGAGAAACGGCGGGUGCUCGUCGUCAAUAGAGUUGCCACUCCAUUGUCAUUCAGCCAGGAAAAGGUCAAUCCAGCCAACCUUCCAGUAAUCUAUAGAUACAGUCAGAGGCCCUGGUAUACUGGAUUAUGGUAUGACUUUCUCCGUACCUUCGACAUGGAAAUACGCGCGGAAAAGCGACAUGCUGUCCUCUUAUGCCAGACUUCUCCCUCUUACCCUCCCCCCACACAACCCCCCCACUUCUACAAAGGACCUCCGCCUCCGGUGUUGACGAAUAUUACUCUAAUAUUCCUCCCAUCAAAUCUUCCAAUGAGCUUACAGCCCUUAGACCAGGGUAUUAUAGCUUGUUUCAAGGCAACCUACCGACGGAUGUAUGUUCAGGCACUGGCGCUCCAUCGUACAUUGACGGGCGCAGGCCGUAGUAAGCUCACCCACCUUGAAUGCAUCGGCAUGAUUGCCUCCGCGUGGCAAGCCAUCCCCCCUCGUACAAUCGUUCGUUGUUGGCAGAUCUCUGGAAUAUGCCAAGACCUUAUGCGCGAGGAAGUCAGCGAGGAAUUUAAGCCCGAACGUUAUAUCCUUACUCAAGAGUCGUUGUGUGGACGCUGUGUUCGUCAGAUCAUGCCACAUACACACGGGGAAUCGUUUCGCCAGUUCUGGCAGUUGGACGAGAGUCUCCCUUCCGAAGGAACAGCUCCCGAUGCGGUUAGACUUAUCGAUGAGGCUGUUGCGGCCGGAGUACUCGAGCACGGCCCCGAUGGCAUUAACCUGAAUGAUAUUGAGACCGGAGAGGGUGACCCAAUGCCUGAAGAGAUUAUAUCAAGUCAGACGGCCAUCAAAUACCUCUCUCAGGUAAACCGGUAUCUACGCUCAUUGCCGGAAACUGAAUUAAGAGUACCCCAAGGGCGCAGUAUCGCCACCAGGGGCGCCAUAGAGCACAAUUCCAGAAUUAUCUCGGGAGUUUUUCAGCACAUCGAUAAUAACAAGCCCAGUUCCAGAAAGGGGUCUUCAAGGAUAGAUACUGAUGGGCCGGAAAAAGAGCCGCAAGAGCAAUGGGAUACAGAAACCAUAAGCCAAGUCUAUCCGAGUCUCUUGAUGUCUUGAGUGUUAUGCGAAGGGAUAGGGUUGUUGGUGUGGAAUUGAUGAGUGUAUUUUUCAGUCAAAGCACAUGCACCAAAGCCGCCAGUUGAGCUAUCUUGCUAUUUAAUUCUCUAUUUCUCCAUGUACACAA